AUUUAAGUGGCUUCAGAAACUUACCUUCGGUGUAUGCUGUUUCAAAAGUGUUAAUAUGUUACGUCGUCGGCAGCGCCAAACUACUCAAAAACCAUGUGAUAUCAUUGAACUGGUCGACACGGAUGAAGAAGACGAUGUAGGGGACGACGACUACAAGCCCGAGCUAUCAAGUCACGGUCAAAAAUCUGUGGACCGUGCGGCUGCUUUAGCAGCUGGCAUCACUAAGGAGCCAAGAAAGCGACGUCCACCGACUAAGGAAAAGGACAAAACAGAAGCCCCAGCAGCAAAAAAGAAGCGCGGUGGAAAGGACAAUGAAAAUGUGGCGCCAAAUUCAAGCGACGCACAAACGACAGCUGCUGCAGAAUCAAACGUAUCGGAUUCAAAUCCAGCACCUACUACUGGUCGCAGUUCCUUUUGGCAACGACGAAAAGUCUGGACAUUAGAUGAACUCCUGGCAGAAACAGAGAACAUUCAACCCACAGCGGCGCGUAACAUUGUAAAGCUAUUUCAGAACGACAACACAAUACCAUUUAUUUGCCGAUAUCGGCGUGACUUGGUAGAUGACAUUACACCGGAGCGUUUGCGAGAUAUACGCAGUACGUACGCUGAGAUCGUAGAUCUGCGUAAGAAGGCCGAAACAAUGGUAAACAAUUUGGAGAAAGAGAACGUACUGAAUACGGAAAUACGCGAGGAACUUAUGUGCGCCAAGUCAACUGAAGAGCUUGAGUUUCUAUACGCACCCUACAAACCCGCUAGCAAGGGCACGCUGGCCGAACGUGCCAAAGCGUUAGGUCUAGAGAAAUCUGCCGAUGCAUUGCUUUAUGGAGCAGCUCCGAAAGUUGAGCUUUCUUCGCUAGUUGAUCGGCGCAAUGACGCCCUGGCCACAGAGGCGCUAGUAAUGGAUGGCGUAUGCAACAUUAUUUCCCAUACCAUAAGUAAGAACUCUAAUGUGUUGGAGGAGCUACGUCGUCUACGAAACGUGCAUCGCAUUAUGCUUAAAUGCAGCAAAGCCAAGGCUAGCAAGGAAACAAAAACUCACAAAGCUGCCGCUGGCACUAUAGACAAAACAUUGGACAGCAGUAGAUUUGAAAACUAUUUCACCUUUCAAGCCGACGUCAAGAGCAUCAAACCACACCAAACGCUGGCCAUCAACCGCGGGGAGAAACACAAAUUUUUAACCGUAAAAAUCGAAACAACAAAUUAUUUAAAGAAUGAUCUGACGCGCUUCAUAACGGACCAAUAUAUGAGGGAUGGCAUACAGUAUCCUCUGCGCUCCAAUAUUUUUGAACGAGCUUUGGAGGAGUGUUUUCAAAAGAAAUUGCAGCCGUUAUUGAGUCGUCAGGUGCGCGCGGAUCUUAAGGAAAAGGCCAAAAAAGCUGCUAUUGAAGUGUUUGCGAAAAAUUUAAAACAACUUCUGCUUAUGUCACCGCUUAAAGGGGAAUGUAUUCUAGGCAUAGAUCCUGGUUUUAAGAACGGUUGCAAAUUGGCUUUGAUAUCCGAGACAGCUGAUGUUUUGGAAACGGGUGUCAUCUAUCCACAUACGAACAACAAAAGUAAACGAGCCGCACAAGAGAAAUUGGUCGACAUGUUGCACAACCACAGCUGCUCCAUUAUUGCUUUGGGGAAUGGCAAAGCUUGUCGCGAGACCGAAAUGUGGCUGUCGGAGCUCUUGGCCUCAGGCGUUCUUGACAGCCGAUGUGUGCGUUACAGCAUUGUGAACGAGAAUGGUGCCUCCGUGUAUUCAUGCAGCGAUGUGGCCCGCAAGGAGUUUCCCAAAAUGGACAUGAAUGAGAUUAGCGCCGUGUCCAUUGCGCGUCGACUGAAUGAUCCUUUGAGCGAGUAUGUGAAGAUCGAACCACGUCAUUUGGGCGUUGGAAUGUAUCAGCAUGAUAUAAGCGAGAAAAUUCUCACUGAAUCCCUCAACGAUGUGGUGUCCGAGUGUGUUAGUUUUGUCGGCGUGGAUCUCAACACUGCCAGCUUAAGUGUGCUCAAGCACAUAGCUGGUUUGUCCGAGAAAAAGGCUGAGAAAAUCAUCGAAUAUCGCAUGCAAAAAGGACCCUUUAAGUCGCGCCAGGACCUGCUCUCGGUACGAAGCAUUGGCGAAAAAUCGUUCGUGCAAUGCGCCGGCUUCGUGCGCAUUGAGCCACUCAGUGUUGGAGGCAAGCUUAAUAACCCAUUAGACUGCACGUGGGUGCAUCCGGAGAGUUACAAAGUGGCUGAGGCUAUUAUAGCUAAAUGUGACAUGAACCUCUCGGACAUUGGCAAAGCACACUUUAUAGAGCGCAUUAAGAGCUUUUCCUCAUCGCAGGAAAAUCUAGAGAGACUGAGUGAUGAGCACGAUUUACCCAUGGAUCGUGUCAAGUUUCUUUUAGUUGCCCUGCAGCGAGAAUUUCUGCAAGAUUAUCGCGCCGAUGUCAACAAACGACCUCUGUUUAAGAAAGGUCUGACUCGUCUCAAUGAACUCACCAUCGGAGAUGUGCUGACAGGCGCCGUUACCAAUGUGACCCAUUUUGGCGCCUUUGUUGACAUUGGUGUGGAUCGGGAUGGGCUCAUACAUAAGAACCACAUGAACAAUGUGGACUUGAGUCUUGGCGAUCGCGUUACAGUGUCCGUCAUUAAGGUUGACUUACAGCGUAAUCAUUUAGGCCUACGGCUGGAGGACCAACUUAUGGAAACAGACACAUCAUUCACAAUCAAAAUAGAAGAUGAUUAAAGAAACACGGAUGUUCUUAUUUGCAAGAUAGCCGAUAGUGCUAGACAUUCGAUUGUUUAUAUUGUUUUCACAUAUAGUAUUAUGCUUAAAUACUAUAUUAUGAGAUCAGCUUUUAAUGUAAGAAAGUAUCUAUUGUCAACGUUAUUGGAUUAUGUUAUCAAAAUGUAUUGUUUAAAUUGCGUCUAAGUAUAUAUGUACGUCAUUUUGUAUAUUGGAAUCGUGAAGAAAUUUAUACAUUAAAAUAUAAUACUCGA